AUGGUUCGCGUUGUUGUAGCUGGAGGCACUGGACCUGUCGCCCAGGAGGUGGUUGCUGCGCUGGUCGAUUCUGGAAAGCAUGAAGUGGUCACCUUCACUCGAUCUGAUGUCCCUAAGCAUGCACGGCCUAGUGUUAAGUUCGUAGUUGUUGACUACGACAAUAAAACCAACCUGGCAAAAAAUUUGGAAGCCGUGCAUUCUGUGCUUUGCUUUAUAUCUAGCUUCGAUGUGCAGAUAAGAUUAAUCGAUGCCUGCAUUGAAGCUGGGGUGAAACGAUUUGCACCAAACGAAUGGGCUGCGCGAAGCAACAGCGGAAUUUUUACGUUCAAAGAAAAAGACCGCGUCUAUGAGUAUCUGCAAGAAGUCAACAGAAAGAAUAAGCGUCUGGAAUAUUGCCUCUUCCAGCCAGGUAACUUUAUGAAUUAUCUCAGCUCUCCCAUUCCGUCGACAACUUAUACUCCAAUCUUCACCAACCAGUGGGGCAUCAAUAAUCGUCGCGCUAUCAUACCUGCCGGAGAAGACUAUCGAGUUACUUUGACCACUGUACAGGACAUGGCCAAGGUUGUUACUGAAGCUCUUGGGUACCAAGACACUUGGCCAGAGAUUGGAGGAAUUACUGGCUCAUUUAUUUCCAACUCUGAGCUUAUUAAGCUCGUGGAGUCCAUCCGAGGUCCUUUUAAAACUGAAACUGUAUCGCGGGAGAACCUUGAGGCUGGGAGAUUGAAAACAUCAUGGAUCCCAAUGCUCCCUAGGCAUCCCGAUAUGCAAGUGGACUCGAACUGGGGAAUAUUUUCUGAAUAUGUUAUUGCUGAGCUUAUCCUUGGAGGUCUUAAAGGGGCAUGGGAGGUCUCGAAUGAGUGGAAUCAGCUUCUUCCUCAUCUGAAACUAACACCUGUAGGCGGGUUUCUAUCUAAAGUUUGGAAAGAUGAACCGUGA